CAAAUGAGGGCAAAGUUCAAAACGGACUCGGUUUUUUUUACACUACCUUGGCGCAAGUCACCUACUUUUUUUUUCCUACAAGUACCCCCGGGCACCCAAAUUUUUUUGGCGAGUUUGACUGGGAGUUUGAGCAGAAAGAGAAAAAAAAAGAGAAAAAGGUCUGUAUUUUAAGCCCCUGAAUAAAUUUGGGGGAAAAUACAAUUUCAGAGGUGUUCGUGGCUUCGAAUCUCCGUCAAUUCGCUCCACUUCUCCAGCAGAUCCACUCAGGUUGUGGCGCUCAAAGUCCAGCUUUGGGAUUGAUGCGAGUGUAGUAAGUUCUUGCUCGGUGGUUGGUCUUGGGCUCAUCUGUUCCAGCUCCGGAGUCAAGGCCAACCGAGUUCUGUGCUGAAGAUGAAGAUGGGUGCAGACCCAAGUACCCAGGAUGCGAUGGUGGAGGCAGCCCUAAAAGCAAAGCAUGCAGCAGAGCGCAAGUUCCAUGCAUGUAACAUCAAGGGUGCCCGGAGGUCAGCGAUCAAGGCUCAUAACUUGUGCCCAUCACUUGAGGGCAUAUCUCAGAUGAUCUCCACACUUGAUGUUCACGUUGCAUCUGAGUCGAAGAUUGAUGGGGAGAGUGACUGGUACAGGAUACUGUCUCUAGAUGCCACGGCUGAUGAAGAGGAGGUGAAGAAACAGUACAGAAAGCUAGCUCUCCAGUUGCACCCAGACAAGAACAAGUCGGUUGGUGCAGAGGUUGCCUUCAGACUUAUAUCGGAGGCAUGGAGUGUAUUGUCUGACAAGAGCAGGAAGAUGCUUUAUGAUCAGAAGAGGAGAGACCACAGUGCGGCCAAUGUGUCCAAUGGUUUGUAUGCUUCUGAUAUAAAAGUCAGUAAGCGAGCACGAAAAAAUGCCGCUGCCGCUGCCUCUGCCUCAGCAGCUGUCGAGGCUACUACUCGUCCUGCAGGGGCUAAUACAUUCUGGACAUCAUGCAACCGCUGCAGGAUGCAGUAUGAGUACUUGAGAAUUUAUCUGAACCACAACCUACUGUGCCCAAACUGUCACCAUGCAUUCAUGGCUGUAGAAACUGGAUUUCCCUGCAAUGGAACCAGUAAUUCAUUCACCUGGACAACCAAGCCACAGCAGCAGGAGAACCACAAUACUGUCGUUGACCAUUCAUACCAAUCAGCAAGCAGAACAUCAAGCAUUCCAGGCACUGGACAUGGAGCAUACCAGCAAGAGAACACUUAUGAGUUGUACAAUAACCAAAGUUUCCAGUUCACUCAGUACCCCAAGACAACAGGCGCUGCUGCUACAAAUGGAUACAGUACACAGUCCUUAGAGAAAUCAAAGAGAAAACAUGAAGAGAACUACAUAUACAAUUAUUUUUCAAGUGGCAAUGACAAUGGGUAUGCAUCAGGGCGUGGGCGGCAUUCAAAAAGGAGGCGGAAUUUCAAUAAUGGCUAUGCAUCUGUGGACUGUAACGGGGAAACUCUGGCUGCAACUGCCGGUAUGACUGUGAUUGCCGAAGGAGGAAGAGUUAAUGGUACAUCAGGGGAAAAGUUUAGAUCUGCAGUAAGUGCAAGAAAAGCUAAUGUCUUGAGGGAGAUCUUCCAACUUGACACCCGUGGUCUUCUUCUUGAGAAAGCCAAAGCAGAAGUUCGUGAAAAAUUACAAGGCUGGAAUAUUUCGACAUCUAGCCAGCUUGCCAAGAAAGGGAAAUCAGAAAGAAGAGAGAAGCAAGUCGAAAACAAUAUAAAGGUUAAUGGCAUCCUCUCUGACAAUCCAAUCAAUAGAUGCAAGAAAUACAGUUCAAAAGAUGCAGAUGUCGAGAUCCCUGUGACUGAUGUAGUGAAUCCAGAACAGAUGCGUGUACCCAUGUCCAUUGAUGUCCCUGACCCAGAUUUCCAUGACUUUGAUAAAGAUCGAACAGAAAGAGCCUUUGGCAAUGAUCAGAUCUGGGCUACAUAUGAUAGUGAAGAUGGCAUGCCUCGCCUAUAUGCAAUGGUACAGAAAGUUAUUUCCAUGAAACCUUUCAGGAUACGGAUGAGCUUCCUCAAUUCUAAGUCCAACAAUGAACUGGCACCAAUAAACUGGAUCGCCUCAGGUUUUACGAAGACAUGUGGUGAUUUUAGGAUUGGAAGAUACCAGAUUACUGAAACAGUCAACAUCUUUUCUCACAGAGUUUGCUGGAGUAAAGGUCCUCGGGGAAUUAUCAGGAUUAUUCCCCAAAAAGGUGAUACAUGGGCUGUGUACCGGAACUGGUCUCCUGAUUGGAAUGAACUUACACCAGAUGAUGUGAUAUAUAAGUAUGAGAUAGUAGAAGUGACUGAUGACUUCACAGAAGAGCAAGGUGUGGGUGUUGUCCCAUUGCUGAAGGUAGCUGGGUUCAAAGCAGUUUUCCACAGGCUCACGGGCCCCGAUGUGGUCAGAAGAAUACCGAAGGAAGAGCUUUUCCGCUUCUCUCAUCGGGUUCCUUCUCGCCUGCUCACUGGUGAAGAAAGAAAUAAUGCUCCAAAAGGUUGCCAUGAGUUGGAUCCUGCUGCAACUCCAGUUGACCUGCUUAAGAUUAUUACAGAUGUCAAGGAAGAUACCACACAGUGAAGCUCCGAGUAGAACUCAACUUGUCUGUCCUACAGACUUGCAACUGCAAGCUAGCAUGGCUGAAGUCUCAAUAUGUGCUUCACUCACUGGUCAGCAUCAUAUGGCUCACUUGCCUUAAUCUAUCAUUGAACUUCUGGAUGACGAUGAGGACUUAAUUAGGCAUUUCUAACAUUUAAUUUUAUUGUAAUAUCGAUAUCGUAUAGAGUAAAAACGAUUAUCGAGAGGCUGCAUAUUGUGCUGAGGCCAGUUCUCAAAAUGGCAGGUCUCAUGACUUGCUGCGAGGUUGGUGCCACUAAGUGAUACUCGACUGUAAGGUUAUGUCAAGUAAGAGCGUAGUUUGAGACUGCUGCUAGGUUUUACUCUGUACCCGUACUCAUUUACUUAUCAUGUUGUAUUUUCAUUAAUGCAUAGCAUAAUCCUUAUAUAAUCUAUCGUAUUCAGUUAUUUUGAUUAAA